AUGGGCGGGUAUUUGUGGACUCAGCCUCCAGCUGAUUCAGAGCCGAAGCAUGUACAAGAUGAUUGCAACACACCAGCCGAGAUUCUCACAUCCAUACUGCGCAUUGAGAAGCAGUGCUGUCCACCAUCGUCGGCUGCCUUGGCAUCAGAUCCCCUGAAGUGGCCAAACGAACACACAACAGAACCGGAAGGUACCACUGGUGCAGAUGAUGCUCUAUCAAUCAAGGUUCUGCUGGACGAGCCAGACAUCAGGUUCUGUGUUUGCCAGGAUAUGGAAUCGCCUGUGAUCAUCGCUUGCUUGUGGGCACGGGUCAAACGAGCUGGCAUUGAGGAUGUGAUGGCCUCGCUAUGCCAAGAGCGUGCUCAAUGGGACACUGGUGGCAAGAACCUCCUACUGCAGAAGGCACAGGCAGAGGAUGAACUGGCAGCAGAGGUUUAUCACAGUAUCAUCAAGUGCCCCCGGCCAUUCUGGGACCGCGAGGUUCUGAAACGCCAAUGGAAGCUGCCACUGGAGUCUUCGCAAGGGAGUGGUUGUGACAGUGGCUGUGCACUUGUCUCCAAGUCCAUGGAAGAUGCAUCAGUUCAGGAAAGCCCAGGCCAUGUUCGCGCCUUUGUGCAUAAAGCUGGAUUUCUGCUGAGACCCUCACCUUACGACUGCAUGCCAGAGAUUGCAAAUGGCGAGCCAGCCCUCGCCACAGAGUUGACCAGCUGCAGUCAGAUUGACAUGGGCGGCUUAAUUCCUGCUUGGGCCACGAGCUACCUUGCCUCCACGGUGGCGGGGAAAGCUCGUAGUUGGGUUUCUGAGCUUCAGCAGCAUUGCGAUGUCCGGAAGGGUGAGGAGCCGGUUCCAACCCUUGCUGAGAUUUCAAGCCAGUUGUCACCAGACUGGGCAGAGAGAUGGGACAAGACAGAGGAGCCUGACAGUGGGGAGGAAACUGGAGAGGCGAGCUCCUUUAUCAGUGUGAAGUCGCUCAGAUCGUUAUCUUGGUCGCCAUUCUAA